CCAAGGCAUUCACCAGAAAAGCAUGUCUGCCAAGGUCCCCAUCACCGUCUUCAACUCUCUGCAAGAAAUAUAUCCAUCUGCUUCGGCCGUUCUUCGCGAAGGACAACGAUGGAACACUCUUCUCACCCGGUUCCAAGAACGCUUUGGCGAGACUCCAACAUACAUCGUUCGUGCUCCUGGACGGGUCAAUGUACUUGGAGAGCACAUCGAUUACUCUCUUUUCCCCGUACUUCCUGCAGCUAUUGAGCAAGAUAUUCUUUUCGCCCUUCGCCCUACGCGUCCUGUUGCCGGUUCGAAUCCAACAGUACGGUUAGAAAACUAUGACAAGAAGUACAGUUACCCAGGCUGCUCUUUCUCACUUGUCCCUGGAGAAAAUGGAUGGGACGUAGGUCUUAACGCCGGAGGAGGGUGGGACAAGUACGUUAGGGCUGCUUUAUUGGAGUGCUUGGAUGAGCUUUUCCCUGUUGGCAAAGGGGGUGGGAAACAAGAGGCAGUAGGGAUGGAUGUGCUUGUUUCUGGGAGUAUACCUCCUGGCUCUGGCUUGAGUAGCUCCGCAGCAAUGGUCGUUGGCUCCGUCAUCAUGUUCCUAGUUGCCAACAAUUUGGCGGCAGGUAAAACGAAAGAGGAUGUUGUACAACUCGCCAUCAAUUCCGAGCAUCGCAUGGGCUUGCGCACAGGUGGCAUGGACCAAUCUGUCUCUGCUCUUGCUUUGCCCAACAACCUGUUACACCUCUCUUUUCACCCAGGCUUGCUGCCUGCACCUUUACCUCUUCCCGGCAAUGUAUCGUUGGUCAUCACAAACUCCCUUGCCCCGCAUUCUUUGACAGACUCUGCGCCGGAAGAGUACAAUUUGCGAGUCAUUGAGAUCCUCAUCGCCACCCGUCUCAUCUUACAUCACUGGAAGUUAGAGUCACAGUUCUACCGCAACCCUAGACCAUGGUUAAGAGAAGUCUUGGGCGCUUGGGUGGGUGAGAAGGGUCAUAUGGGAUGGGAAAAGGAAGGUGAGGUGACGAAAAAGGCUCUUGGUGACAUUGAAUGGAUCAAGAGAGAUGGAGGGUGGACCAGGGAAGAGAUGAUCAAGUAUUCGGGCAUGGACGAAGAAGAGUUUAAGAAGAGUUACCUCGACUUCCUCGAGAUUCGAGCAGAAAAGUUCCACCUCUAUGAACGCUUGCAUCAUACCCUCACCGAAUCUUUGCGCGUUCACAAAUUCGUGCACCUCUGCCAAUCCAUCUCCACUUCCAACCCUCUCCCUCCAUCUUCUGAUACGCCUCUACCUACAGCAAACGACAUCCUCAGCCAACUGGGCAAGUUAUUUGAUGCAUCUCACGCUUCCAUGCGAGAUACAUAUGACUGCACCCACCCUCUCGUGGAUUCGCUGCAAGAGCUGUGCUUAAAAAGUGGAGCAAUUGGUUCCAGGAUGACGGGUGGGGGAUGGGGUGGGUCAGUGGUCAGCCUUGUGGAAAGCUCACAAGUGCCCGAGUUUUUGGAAAAAGUCAGAAAAGGAUAUGAAAAAUAUGGUGAUUUGGAGGAUGAAGAAUGGGUAGAGGUUGGUUUUGCUACAAUGCCGGGCCAUGGAGCUGGAGUGUAUGUUGUGGAGAAUGGGAUUAGAGUGGAAAAUGGGGCAGCAUAAGGCUCUCGUCUUUAUCACGAGCCUUCUUCCAGCAAUGGAAUCUUGCGCAGCACCGGAAUCAUGACCAUGAUUUGCAUGC